AGGACUGUGGGAUAAAAAAAACAAGGGUGCGGUGAAACAAAACGCAAACGGACUUGCAGUUUAUUUUGUUAUUUGUAAUAUGCUAGGUAGCUGAACAAAUCAAAUAAAUGGAAAUCCGUACAGAUGAGAUUAGGUAAGGUCAGACAAAUUCGAUGAAGAUGAAAUGAAUGCGAGCUGAUAACAUUUCGUUGAAAAAUCCCUCGUGCAUCUGUGAUGCAAAAGUCUGUAUUGACUGAGAAAGACUCAUCCGGACAUCACGAGCAGCACCGCUGUGUAAAAAGAAAGACAAAAGAAAGUCGAGGCAAGGGUCCCCUCCUCCGCGUGCUCCCUUCUUGUAGGUGUGACAUAAACAACAAAGGGACGUGGAAAAACUCGCAUCAGGACCACAGGCGGACAACAGCCCAGACAGAUCCCAAGCACAAUAGCGGGGCCUGCAAACAAGAGCAUGUCUGCAGGUUUUGCAAUAUGCAGCAGUCUUCAUGUAAUUACAUUCCUCCUGGCGUCUCUCGGCUACAGUCGGGAGUAUUUUUCUUCUGUCACUUCUGGCAGAUCUUCACCAAACACGCGCAUUUAGAAGCGAAGCCGAUAAUUUGAGGACGCUCAAGUCCUGGCUGAGACGGUGCAAGUGUUAAAACAUGUGAGUUAUGAUUAGAUGUUGUCAUCCAGCGGAAUGCUCUGGAGUGAACGCGUGUGUUUUGUGCCUUGCAGUUUAAUGGGCAGAAGGGAUAGACGAGCGCAGCCCGGGAGAAACUGAAGGCAAAAGAGCAGCGCAGAGGUGUGAACUGAAAGUGGACGUCAAAGGGAAAGACACCUGAACCGAUUCCAGUGGCGAAUGUCUAUAAAAGGGCCCUCUCCAUGGAUAUAGACACAGACUAUGAGCGGCCCAAUGUGGAAACCAUUAAAUGUGUGGUGGUAGGGGAUAAUGCCGUGGGUAAGACCAGGCUAAUCUGUGCCCGGGCCUGCAAUGCCACCCUCACACAGUAUCAGCUGCUUGCCACCCACGUGCCAACCGUUUGGGCCAUCGACCAGUACCGUGUAUGCCAGGAGGUGUUAGAGAGAUCACGUGAUGUAGUGGACGAGGUCAGUGUGUCCCUGAGGCUGUGGGACACAUUUGGUGAUCAUCACAAAGACAGACGAUUUGCCUAUGGCAGGUCUGACGUAGUGGUGCUUUGCUUCUCUCUGGCUAACCCCAAUUCCCUGCGCCAUGUCCGCACCAUGUGGUUUCCGGAGAUCAAGCACUUCUGUCCCCGGACACCAAUCAUCCUGGUUGGCUGCCAGCUGGAUCUGCGCUAUGCCGACCUGGAUGCAGUCAAUCGUGCACGACGACCCUUAGCCAAACCCAUCAAACCAACAGAUAUCCUUCCCCCAGAGAGAGGUCAUGAGGUGGCAAAGGAACUUGGGAUUCCCUACUAUGAGACCAGCAUUGUGGCCCAGUUUGGAGUUAAAGAUGUUUUUGAUAAUGCCAUCCGAGCUGCCCUUAUCUCUCGUCGUCACCUGCAGUUCUGGAAAUCUCACCUGAAAAAGGUCCAGAGGCCCUUUCUUCAGGCUCCCUUCCUGCCUCCUCGCCCACCACGCCCCAUAGUGGGUAUCCCAGACCCCCCUCCCACAGAUGGCGAGGGCCCUGAUUCCCUUUUCUGUCAGCCACUGUGUGCAGAUGUUCUUUUCCUCCUGCAGGGUGGUGGUACUCGUGUCUUUGCACACAAGGUCUAUCUGGCAACUUCCUGCUCCAAGUUCUAUGACCUCUUCACCCUUGAUCUAGGUGGAUCAUGUAUGGGGCAGUGGGGGGAGGAACAGGAGAGGAAAGAAAACUUGGACAGUGGGGAGGAAGACGAGCAGAGCAGGAGAGGAGCCAAGGAGCAAGCUGGACGCACUAAGAGUCUGGACAUUGACAAAGAUGGAGUUGAUAUAAGUGUGCGGGGCCUGAAUCGACCCAAGAUGCUCCAGCAGGGCUCUUUGAGGACUUCCCAGAGUGAUAAUGCACUCCCCUUUCGGGCUCAGUACUGUCUGCGAGCACAAGGGACUGGUCGUGCACUUUCAGGAUGGGGAAGAGGUUUCCUCAGUGUUUGCCUGGAGCAUGUCGAUGAUCCAAUGACUGGACGGCCACGAUUAAUGACUGUGGUAGCCAUGGAUGCACUCAUACAGGAAGAACCAUUCAAGGCAGUGCUUCAGUACCUGUAUACGGGCAGUCUGGAUGAGGGCCGAGGGGAUCUGAUGCAGGUGGCCACCAUUGCAGAGCUACUUGAGGUGUUUGACCUGCGGAUGAUGGUGGCCAAUGUUCUUAACAGAGAGAGCUUCAUGAACCAGGAGAUAACCAAGGCUUUUCACGUCCGCAGAGCCAACCGUAUCAAGGAGUGUCUCAAUAAAGGGACCUUUGCUGAUGUGGUGUUCCGACUGGACGAUGGCUGCCUCCCGGCCCACAAGCCCCUGCUAAUUUCCAGCUGUGACUGGAUGGCCGCCAUGUUCCGUGGCUCUUUCUUGGAAAGCUACAUUGAGGAAGUUUCCAUUCCUAACACCAGUACAGCCUGUAUGCACGGGGUGCUGGAGUUCCUGUACUGCGGUCUGCUGACGCCCUGUCCUGGUCUGGAGCCCAUAGAACUAAUUGUUCUGGCCAACCGGCUCUGUUUGCCACGCCUUGUUGGCCUCACAGAACAGCACGCUGUGGACGAACUUCUGCAGUUAGCAGUGAAAGGAGUUGACGUUGACGGACAGGUGUUGGCAUACCUGGAACUGGCACAGUUUCACAAUGCCAAGCAGCUAUCAGCUUGGUGUCUCCAUCACAUCUGCACUAAUUAUAAUAGCAUCUGCCGCAAGUUUCCCAAAGACAUGAAGGCCAUGUCUCCAGAAAACCAGAGGCACUUUGAGAAGCAGCGUUGGCCUCCUGUGUGGUUCCUGAAGGAGGAAGACCGCUACCUGCGCUCUCAGAAGGAGCGUGAGCGUGAGGAGGAGAUCCUGCGCAAGCAACACACCAAACGGGGCUGGUGUUUCUGGAGACACCCAUCCUCCUCUCCACAUGUCUCUUAAGUGUUUCUCCACUUUCUCUACACUUCAUCUUGACCUGGGUCAUCCCAUCAAGGAUAACUAACACCCCUGUUAGUUAUCUGCAUAUAGAGGAGGCUGGCUUUAUACCCUCUAUCAGUGCUGCUAUGCCUGAAUGUCAGCUUGUUUAGGGGGAAUAUAUGUGCCUCUUUUUAAUUGUGGGUGACUUUAUGAGUGCAUUUUGGUAUGCCUGUGUGACAAGUAUGGGCUUGUGGAUGUGUGAGUGUAUGUAUAUGGUUAUUAUGAUUGAAGCUUCCAAGUUGAGUGCUUCCUAGACGCCCUGAUCGAUAAAGGCCUGUGGCAUUGCAGUGCAGCCUCCCGUCCCCUCCACAAGAGCUCUGUCCCUCAGCCAGCACUCUGUGUCCUAGCCUUUGGACUGGGUGCAAGAGCUCUCUAUCUCUCUCAGUCUCCAUCUUUCACAUUGACCUUAAUGACUAUUCCACAUUGUCCACUGCAGUUCCCCUUGGGGAGAUUGCCUAUGCCUUCACUUCUACACAGACUGUGCUUACACACACAGUCCAAUUCCCCAAGAUCUACCCCUCUAAAACCAGCACUGGAUUCCCAGGAACUGACACUGACAAUGGACACUCUUAUCAGGGGAAAUGGCGCACACUACUCCCAGGAAGUAUUGGGGACCUUGAUGUUUUGCCAUUGCAACCACAACAAUGGGACUGUUAAACUUUAUUUUGGGUGUAAGGACAACCUUAAAGCUAUUAGUGAGUUAGGAUGCUCCAGUUAGGAGUCUCAAUCAUAGAUAUUAACCUCCAGUCUGUGUUGAUGUGGUCCUCAAUGUCCAUUAUCCACCCCUGCACCUGCCAUUCCUUCCUCCUGAACACCACACACACAAAAAAGCAAAACACAAGCUCUCCUUGAUGAGUUGGAAUCACCAAACUGCACAUUCAAAGUGACCACUCUAUAGCAAUGGUGGGGUUAGAGAGGGCUAGCUUUACUUUAUACCUCUUCCAUGGAAGAAAGACGGAUACAGUAUUAAACAUAAAAAGCUUGCGACGUCCAUGACCACUAGGUUGCAUUGAAGCGCCUCUGCCAGCCUGCCUUUACACCCCUACACCACUAGGGGCAGCACUGCUCAGGGCCCCGUCACUAACCUCCACACUAACAGGAGUGUUUUUUUAAUGCGUGAUUUCUUCUCUCUAGUUUGAAUUAUUAAUAUUAUCAGUAAAUCCUUGCAGAGUGUUAAAUGAAAGUAUAAGCACAUGCACAGCAUUAUUAUGUGCAGUUACUGACUAUUGAUAUUCACCUGACUUUGAAUACCAAAGCUGUGAUUCUUUUUGAUCUCUUUCUUCCUCACUUUCUUGAGUUCUGCUUCCCUGCUUCCUUAUUUGGAAAGAGGGGAUGGAGCAGAGAAGAGAAAGUGGCUUGUAGGGAAAGAAUGCAGGACAAGAUGAUGUUUGAAUCCCUCCUCGAGUUGGCAUUUCAGUCUGUGGUGUCAGGAGAAAAGUGUCACUGCUGGACAUUGCCUUCCAUUCCUCUUGCUGGAAUUGAAAAUGGUGCUUAAGACACAAUAAGACAGUGUCCACAUGAACACACAGACACGCACGCAAUUCUCUGUUCACAGUAUAAGUGUCUGUCAAGUUGUUAAGUGUUUACCUGUAAUGAAAGUGUGGAAAGUUUCAAAGAAAGUAUUUUAAUUUGAUGCAGUUUUAAUCCUUAAUUUUUCUGCUCCAUAUGCUAACAGUCUAGGAGGUCAUAAUAGGUCAGUGAUUUUAGAAUUUGUAGAUUUCUGAUUUUACAUACAGUGGUUACAACUUUUUUAUGUUUUUUGCUGCUUUUGUGUUCAAACAGUAUGAUCUGUUUAGCUUCCUUGAUAACUAGGAAAAUAAUAUUACUUUAGAUUGAAUUUGCAAUCAUGAGUGUUGCCUCAAACUAUGAAUGGUUUGAUAUAUAACCACAUUUAAGAGCAAAUUGGAUUUCCUCGUUAAGGGUGCUAAUUUCUUUGGGCUUUAGGACUGAAUGUGAAAACGAGACUUUGUGGUGAUGAGGUUCUAUUAGCACAUCGUUCUAUUUGUGGGUCUAUGCCCCUCAGCUUUAUCCAGGCAACUGUAGGAGAUAGAUAGAUUGUGUGAGACAUGUGGUGCAUUCUGCCGUUCUCCAUGGGAGGCGUGUUAAAGUAAUUUUCAGCUACCGAAAUAGAAGUCAGAUAGGAUCUCACGAGACCCAAGUGAGAAUUGAGCUGAUUCCACUCUGAUACAAGUUGACAAGUCUCAUUCCAUAUUGCAUGCAACCUACAUAUUUUGGAAUUACUCUGUGGGUAUUUAAACUCUUCCCAAUGCAGGGCUUUGGGAAUUUGAAUAUAAGACCUGAAGAGGAGAAAGAUGGACUUCCAUGAUCUCUUUCACCAUUGAAGGGAUUUGUCUUAUUAAUGGUUGGUAUGACCCAUUAAGCCUCUUCUUUUGGUCCGUGUGCCUUAUAGUUGGACAAACUUUGUCAAAACAGAAAUUUUGUUAGGGAUUUUCACAACAGCUUAGUUCAAACCUGCAGACAGGUUCCGCAGUGGUUGACAUGAUGGAUACAGUAGAUCAUGUAAAAUAGAUUAUGGUUUUGCUUUAUGCUCUGUUAGCUAUUAUACUUCUUGAGGGGACUAUUGAGUCAACCUGGGUCAUCCUCGUGGAGAAUCUUUUGGCCUAAUACUUGUUUUUAUGCAGAGAAAAUGGCCUUGAAUUAAAUUAUAGAGUGUAGUACAGUGGGUUGGUAUAAUUAUAUGGCCUUAGAUUUCCGUUUUUUCUAGAUAAUUUGGAUGUAGGAUCAUGGUUGGAAUUCUCCACUGACCUGGUGAUUGAGAGGUAGCGAUAAAAAAAUAACUGACAGAUUGAUUCCUCUAGUGUAACUUUAAAACCACUGACUUUGAGAAAGCAAAGCUUUUUAAUGAACACUGGCUGGCCUGUGUGCAGGAUAAGUGUGACCACUUUUGUAAUGUGGUUAAUUUGCAUGGUGGCUUUGUCACUCUAAUGACACUUUGUGUAGGAAUGCACUUUCUUCUUUUUUUCUAUGACUAUACUUUUCUGUGCUUAGUGUGAAUUGUUCCUCUUGUAAAAUUGUUUAUAAAACUGAUGAUUGUAGCACGAUAUUUUCACUUCUUUCAAAUUUUCCCACAACCUGCUCAGUGCAGAGGUCAAUAACAUGACUUGUCCAGCUUCAUAUUUAAGGUCUAGUUGGAACUGAUCACGACAGUAGCUCUCUCUUUUUUACAAUGAGGCGUUUUAUAUAGAUCAGCUUAACUAAAUUAGCUCAACACAGCAUAAGGUAGCAUCACUAAAUAUACAACUCUGAAUAGUAUGCUGGGAAAUCUACAGACAUGCUUGAAAAACACAUUCUGUUGCUGCUGUACAGUGUAAUAGCAUUCGUCACAUUAAGCUGUCACUGUACAAUCAAUCAAGCUUAAUUUUAAGAUACAGGGUAUAAAACUGAAAAGCAUUAAAAGAAGGUAUUUAACUGAAUUUGAGUAUUAUAAUGCAUUUGAAGAAUGUCCUAAGUGGCUGAAAGUCAAAUGUAACAAUUUGAUUUUGCCUGCAUGCAAUGACAUAGGAAAUGAAAAAAGCAUGAUGCAUGUUUCUGGGAUUAGACAUAGAGUUUCUUAACUUUGGGGUCGGGUCUCUAUCUGGAGUCACUUGAUAUGAAACUUCUAAAACUGAAAUAAUAAUACAAAUCUGUUACUGUUCGCUUGAACUGUCAUCAUCAUUUUGGAUAUCUGCAUACCCCCAUGCUACUGAGAAUAUAGUACAAAUUGUCUACUCAGAUAAUUCACAUGACAGUUGUGUACUCUUUUAUUGUUGGGGUGAGAAAUGUGGUAACCUUAUAAGAAUAAGGUCAUGGGCCACAAACGGUUUAGAAAUGCUGCUUUACAGAAAAGAGAAGAUGCAAAAUUAAAAACUUCGUAAGCUGUUGUCAGCCCUUAUUUUUUGCCCCAUACUGACCCCUACAGGCCAAAAUUAUGCCCAGUCACACUCCAAUGGAGAGUUGUGGUAUUCAGGUUAGUCUUGUUAUAUCUUAUCACAUCCUUGUCAAUGUCAAAUCCUCCCUACUCAUUUUAGGUGGAGUUUCCGCCUUUUUAGCAUGCCUGACCUUCCCUUUUUUUAAUGUGGGGCCUAGUGACUGAGAGAACAGCUUGUUGUUUGUUGUUGGUGUCUCCUCUCCUGUGCCUUCAGUGAAACUCACUCUUUUAGAUCUGCACAGGCUGACGGUUCGUAGUUGCAGCCUUCUGAGCUCAAAUUUGAGUUGAUUAAGCCAAGAAAUACACAUGUGAGCACAGAAAUAACAGUAGGCAGCUUUCUUUAAUGUACAGUAUCUUAGUGCUUGUGUGGAUUGGCUCAUGUUUCUUAAACAUGUUUGAGGUGUAAAGCAGUGACCGGUUAAUGGGUGCAUAGUGAUAACUUGUAGUAAUGACAUAAGAUACAGAGCUUUACACACUCAUUAGCUAAAGCUACGCAACAGAUUACUUAUGAAAUGACCAAGACACCCAGCAUACCAGCAGUUUUAAACUAAUGUUUUCGCACUCUUUCAGGUGCCUGCACUUUCUAUUAUGUAGCCUAACACAACUUUUGUGAUGUUAAGUCUUUAUAUUUACUCAUUUCCUCAUCAAAAUGAAAAUACCUUCCUUAUUCUCAACUUUGUUGUAAUUAUUUUCUCUCUAAGCCAAAUUUGUUAUUGCUUCCACUUUCUAGCUGUUGCAAUCAUGCAUAAAGUCAGCGUAUUUUAAGUUGGGGAACAGCAUCUGUGAGCUACAAUUUGGAUUAAAGGCAUAUAUUAGCUGUGAAAACAAUAUAUAAUGCUUUAAUUAAGAUAGUUGUUAUCCAAAGUAAAGUACAAUGUUGUAAAUCUAAAAUUAGUAGUCCCAGCUGGAAUGAACCCCUCACCUUAUAACUGCUCACCACACAGUAUGUAUUUACUAAGCUGUUGUAUACAUAUGAUUGUAUGCACAGAGAUGCCCAGGACAGGGAGAGUGUUAGAUAUGACAGACAUGGUAUUAUUAACCUCUGGUCUAUACUGUCAUUUUUAAGUGGAUCGUAUAUUCUGUAUAGUAUUGUUAAGCACUUUUGUUUCCAUUGACUCAUAUGAGUUUUAUUAACAUUUAAUGCUCAUGUUAUUGUGUUUUAUUAUGAUAAAAGGCAAAAGAGAGCACACCACACUUACAAACUAUUAAGGGCUUUUAAAAAUAACAACAAUCAGAAUGUUUUGCUGCUGUUGCAAAAAUGUUUUGAAACAAACAAAUUGUAAUAUUUUUGAACCACUGUGAUUUGUACAAAACCUCGAAAAGAAAAGUAGAAAAAAGUUGUUUUUGCCAUUUCAGUAUUUUGAUGUUUGACAUGGAUUUUAUUAAAAUUGUUAAUCUUUUGAA